UGAAAAACAAAUUUUUUACAGGAUUUCUCUGAAACCAAUAGGUCGAGAGAGGUGAUCCAAAGCUUAUAUUGAUCAGCUAAUCAUUUGUUAUUCAGUGGUGUAAUCAACAGCACUGGAGUCUGAAAAUGAUAUUUCAUGUACGUAAAUCUGGAACUAAUUGGGCUGGAGUAACAAUAUUUAGCUUAUUGAUCUCUACUACCAGUCCUGCUGUGUGUUGAUAUGACUCUUCAUGGUCUUACAGAGCAGAGUUAUGGGUGCAUGCAGGGCGUCACCCCUCAAUGCCUUUCAUUCAGCAAAGUUGUGUUUCACAGUUUUGUUGUUGUCAAAAGUAGGCAGCAGUUCAGUUACAUUUAUGCACUUAAAGUUAAACUGAUGCAUUCUUUUAGAGCUCUUUAAAGCUUAAAUCCCCCAGAGAACUGAAAUGAAGACAGAAUGUGCAAUAAAGCCAGUCCAGCCUGGACUAACUGGGCUCCACAAUGCACCGCUGUGGAAUGGAGUAAUCAAUACUGAUAGUAUAAAUUUGUCUCGGGAUGCAAAAAAGCAAGUGAAACCUUCAGAAUCCCAGUGGAAAGUGCUUGCAGAGAAGCCUACCGUUGAGCAGAAGUGGAGGAGUGGAAACAACAAAAGGCACCCCCUGCAGUAGUAAAGAUCUAAUAUUGGCACCCGAAGCAGCUGGCAGGUUGUCUCCUGUAAUUUUAGCGCACACUGAUGCAGAGGAAAGAUUUAAUGGGCAUUGGUCGCCAUAUCCUCUACCAAGGAGACGGAGAGGAGGGGGUCCGGAGAGAGGGCAGCGAGUGAGGAGAGGGAGAGAAAGGCAGCGCGAGAGGGGUGGCUGAGGAUCGGAAAUAAAGUCAGGCAACUAUCCGGAGCAGCAUGACUCUCCUAACGCUGGGACUGUAUCUGCCGCUGUGGUUUUCUUAUGGCCUGGCUCAGUCCUCUCCUCUGGAUAGUUUGGUUUCUCUGCCAGCAGCUCUCAGAUCGCAGGUGCAACAGAGGAGGAUCAACCCGUGCUGUUUGCUGAGUCCACCUCCACCCCCACUGUUUCCUCCGCCCCCUUCACUUUGGCGCCGCCACGCUCAUAAUGGCGACAUGGGUUUUAUUGAUGGAGGUGAGACAGGCGACGGGGACAAAGGUUCUACCUGCAUGCAAGGCCCGCCUGGACCUGUUGGUCCUCCUGGACCUGAGGGUCCACCUGGAUUACCCGGUAUACCAGGUUACAAGGGAGAAAAGGGAGAAAUCGGAAGACCUGGGCAAAAGGGUCGGACAGGUUCUCCUGGACUGCCGGGAAAGCCAGGAGCAAAUGGAUGGCUGGGAGUGAGCGGGUCCAAAGGUGAGAAGGGUGACCCGGGGCUGAUGGGUUUGCCUGGACCAAGAGGACCAAUUGGACCUCGGGGUUUGCCUGGCUAUAAAGGUGAAAAAGGAUCUCGAGGCGAGCUUGGUGAAGUUGGACUGAAAGGCGCCAAGGGUGCCAUGGGCUUCCCAGGGAUGCUUGGACAGAAAGGUGAAAUGGGUCCAAAAGGAGAACCUGGGAUCUCAGGAAACAGAGGACCCACAGGGCGGCCGGGGAAAAGAGGGAAACAGGGGAUGAAAGGAGACCCAGGUACUGUGGGGCCCAUGGGACCCGCAGGCCCACAAGGACUUCCCGGCCACCCUGGUCCUCCUGGUUUACCCUCCACAGGAGUUUAUAUGGUUGGAGCAAAGGGUAUCCGUGGUCCACCGGGGCCUCCUGGGAAGUGUAGCUGCAGCUCUCUCAGUUCUACAUAUGAAGAUUAUCACUCCAGAGACUUCUAUCCCAGCGUACCAGCGAUAUUCAUUGUAAACAGCGAGGAGGAACUGCAGCGCCUUCGCACAGAAAACGCUCUUGCCUUUCGCAAAGACCAGAGAGCACUCUAUUUCAAAGACACUGACGGCUGGCUGCCCAUUCAGCUGAUACCGUUCCAAUCCAUGGAAAAUGCACCCGAUGAGGAAGGCUACUGUGGCGAUGGGAUUGUGCAGAUUUCCAGGGGGGAAGAGUGCGAUGACAGAAACAGAGUCGUCACUGACAGCUGUGUCAAAUGUAAACACGCCUACUGCGGAGAUGGAUAUCGCCAUGAGGGGGCGGAGGAGUGCGAUGGAAAAGACUUUGGAUACCAGACAUGCAACUCAUACCUCCCAGGAUCAUAUGGUCACCUGAAGUGCACACCAUAUUGUGUUAUUGACUCCACAAACUGCAAGUACUUCACCUGAGGAGGAAGUUGUACAGUGCUGCAGAGGGAAACUGUGAUUUUUGUUCAACAGGAAAAUUAUCAUGCAAAAAAAGUACAAUAAUGCAAGAAACAAGAUGUUCGGAAAGAGGGAGCUGCAGUGACUUUGGAAAAAAAAACCACACACAUCCUCUGUAUCGCUGCGGAGAUGCGAUGUAGCUCCCUGGAAACAGUCGGAGGCAAAACCUACACCCACAGGACAACUGUCUUAAAACAUGGGACUUAAGCGUGGCGUCCUCAAUGUGCCUGAGCGAACUGGACUCAGCGUCUGGAUGGGACUGUGGAGAUCCCUCAUUAUGGGUUAGAAGCGUGUUGAUAUUGACCCAGUUACUGUUGCAAAAGAGGGGCAGUAGGAGCCAUGAUGCCAGGUAUUCUGCAUUGUGAAUGAGUGUGCUCACUCUGCACUGUAUUUGCAUGAGGCUGGGAUUAAGACUUGACAGCAGCUGUCGCUACAUAAGCAUGUAACCUAUACUUUACUUACUCUUGCCACAAGGUUUGCACACUCCUCCCAAAGAAUUCACAGAGGCAGUGCGAGCUGUAAAACCAGCCGUCUGUUUUAAGAUCGAUAGUUAAGACGUCGAGAUGAGUGUGGCGCAUCGUUGUGCUUAAAUGCAGGUAAUAUUUCACUGAGGUUGGUACCACAAGGCCAAACAUCGGUGAAAAAGUCAGAGGCUGACCCUGUGCUACCUUAGCUUGUGGUGGCACAGACCUCGACAUCCACAUUCUGGAAACACACACACACAAAAAGCAACUUGGUUUUUAAUAUCCAAGAAGUUCUCAGGAACCGACAGGUGCCGUAAUUCCACCCAGCAUGUUUCACACACAUCCUCCCUUAAUCUCUAUGUCUCUCUAAAUGACAUGGCAACGACUGUACGCCGAGGCACAUGGAUUCCGCCAACGUAGCAGUAAUGCAGGUGCCAACGAGAUCCCUCCAUGAAAUCUACUGUAUGUGAAGGCUUGAAACUGUUACCUACUUAAUCUUGUCAGGGCACAGGAACGCUGGAAUGGUGUGUCGCUGCUGAAAAGGAGGAACUUACCUCCCAUCUGUCCUUUGGUCAUUACUGUAUUUACGCUAAUACCUCUUUAUCCAGUCUGUCUUACAGUUCACAGCAACAGAAGAACUCAGCAGUAAACUUAAUGUACUUGUCUGCUGUGUCUUGGGCACCAAUGAUGAAAAUGAAUUUGCCGAUAUAAGCUAAUAUGAGUCGCAGUGCCAAGGGAGACCUGUUCUCAGCCAUACUUCAUGUAGUCAGGUGUCAAAAAGUCCAUUUUUCUGUCAUAGAUUCAGUAAAACCAGUAAAACUGGUAUUGAAACGACUGUUACCGUGUUGUGUCUGCAUGCCAAUAAUUGUGCAACGCUUUCACUGUGUCAAACGUUGUGUAAGUGUGCACAGCCGGCGUGCUGAGGUCAGCUGUACUGUGGCGUGCACAAAGCUGAGCUACCUUUUUGAAAAAAAAAAAUGUGCAGUGUUCUUUUACUGUGUAUGCUCAAAUGUGACGUGCAUGUGGUAACGUAAGGCUUCAGAAACUGUAGUACGCACUGUGACGGGGUGAGGAAGUUCAUUCUAUGACAUGACACUUUAUACAGAAAAGGCACUGAAAAUAAAAUCAGUUGAACUCA